AUUUAAAUCUGACAACACCGGCGCGUCGACGUGAAAACGUGCCCGUGAUUACUGAAACACUUCCUGUCACUGAGUUGGACGGUAGCUGUUGGACCUGUUUUUCUUCAAUUGUGUCACCUGGUCCUCAUCAACUCUGCUACCUGUUGAGGAUUACAGCCAUACUGGCGUGGAAAUGGAUCUAACAUGGGUGAACUGCAAGGAUCUUGUCUGAAAAUGGAACUGAAUUAUAUAAAGUCCUCAGCUGCACAAAUUUAUGAUGAGUUCCUCCAAAAUGCAGACAAACGGACGGGUACCUGGUUGUUUAUGUCGUCCCCUUUCCCCCAGGGGCUCAUCAUCGUAGCCUACGUUUACUUUGUCACAUCGCUGGGGCCACGGAUAAUGGAGAAUCGCAAAGCCUUCGACCUCAAAGGAGUUCUCAUAGUCUACAACUUCAGCGUGGUGGCUCUCUCGCUCUACAUGUGCUAUGAGUUUGUGAUGUCAGGAUGGGGAACCGGAUACUCUUUUCGCUGCGACCUGGUCGACUACGAAUCACCACAGGGCGUCCGGAUGGCGGCAACAUGCUGGCUUUACUACUUCUCAAAGUUCAUUGAGAUGUUGGACACGGUCUUCUUUGUGCUGAGGAAGAAGAAUAGCCAGGUGACAUUUCUUCAUGUCUACCAUCACUCAAUCAUGCCCUUCACCUGGUGGUUUGGAGUCAAGUUUUCUGCAGGUGGGAUGGGGACAUUUCACGCCUUGCUCAACUGUAUCGUCCAUGUUAUCAUGUACUCGUACUACGGCCUGACUGCUCUGGGACCCAACUAUCAGAAGUACCUGUGGUGGAAGAAAUACCUCACUUCCAUUCAGCUGAUCCAGUUUGUAAUGGUGACAAGCCACAUCUCCCAGUAUUUCUUCAUAAAGGACUGCCCCUACCAGUUCCCCAUCUUUAUCUACAUCAUCGGCUCGUACGGCCUGAUUUUCCUGUUCCUGUUCCUCAACUUCUGGUACCACGCCUACACCAAGGGCAAGAGGCUGCCUAAAGUACUGCAGAAUCAGUCGUGGGCACACCACAGCAACGGAGUUAUGAACGGAAACGCCAAUCAUGACAAAGACGAGUGAGGCAGGACUCGGCUUGUCGGGGGGGUUUGGGGGUUGACGUCAUUUAUGUAAACAAACCACUGCAGUCUGAGAUUCUACCCCAAAUUAGUUUGGACUGCAUUUUCUGAUUGGUUUUCUACUUGAAACUGCAAAAGACAAUCUUUAAACUUUGACCAAAGCUUUAUUUAAGAAGUUUAUUUACUCAAGUUGAAGGGUUUUAUCUUGUUUGUUUUUUUUUGUUUACAAUGAAGGUAGCGCCCAAGUUCUGCUAUGGAAGUUUCCAAAUACCCCUCCUUCUACUACAGUAUGGUUUAAAAAAAAAGAAUUUCAAGCGUCUAAAAUCAACUACACUAUUCACACGACUAUAGGGCUUCACCUAUUGUAGGACUGUGGGACCCUCUGCUAUACAGUCAAACUGGGUUCCCUUAAAGAGGUUCUGAUGCAGAGAUUGUGUGACUUAACGUUACUUCUCUGAAGACUCUUUUUUUAGGAAAUCCAGCUUUGGGUUUUUAAAGUUGUGCACUGAAAAGUUGUUUAUUUCACCUGGCUGUUUCGAGGUCAAUUUUUUUUAUUUUUAUAAAUGGUGUUCAGGCUACACAUGUCCUGUUCAGGUCAUUGUUAAAUGGUUAAAUGCAACAGGGUGUUUUUAGUUUGAUCACAUACAUGGCCACUUCUCUAUGGUUUGAGUCACAACUGCUGCUGAUGGUACAGAUUUUCAUUGAAAAGAGCUGUCUUUUAUACAUUAGAAUCAGUUAUUAUCUUAUGAAGCAAUGGUGUGACAAAGAUGCCAGGGAGACAGGCAGAUGGACCUCUGUGGUUCUUGUAGGAUCCAGAGCAUGAGCUAGAGUUUGACUACUUCAUUACUACAAAAGAACUGUAUUUCAGGACUGCACAGUUACAUUAAUUCAGCCGACCAGUCAGAAAAACACGAGCAGUCUUGCUUGCCUGCUUUCUUUUAAGUAUUUUGCUUCAUGUGUUGAAGUUCUGUGACUAAUGAGGUCUUCAGGUAGUGCCUUUUUAGACUGAGCUCUGGAGUAGUUUUAUAUCAAGUUAUGAUGAUCUUAAAACUAAAGUGAAUGUAACACUCUGCUCCUUUUGGUGACGGAGAACACAGGAUCGAGCUUGACGUGGAAAGAGUUACACUGUUUUAUUCAGGUGCAAGCCCAUGUUAACACUACAGACAUGCAGAUACACAUUGCAUAUAUAAAUGGGGGUUAAACUUUAUUUUUCCCAGUUCCUUGUCUGAUCCCUUAUUAUACAAAUAGUUAAACCUGUAAGAAAUGAUGUGAAAUUAUGUUUAUAUUGUAUUUUAUAUGUAUUUAUACAAAAAUAAAUGAUCAUUGUACUUUGAA